AUGAGUUCGCGUAAUCCAAAAUUAGCCCAACAAAUUUUGGAGAAAAAUUUGUCCAAAGCAAAAGCGGAUGUACAUAGGGCAACUUUUAUGUACCUUUUCUCUGAGAUGGUUAAGUACGCCAUGCAUUCCUCCAAAAACGUAGAUGAUGCUCAAGCUAAGCUAGCGUCGUUUGGUGCUCCGAUUGGAAGACAAAUGUUAGAUCUGAUCUUUCUUCGGGAUAAACUCCAGAAACGUGAGAUUCGCCUCUUGGGUUUCCUUUUAUUCCUUAAGAGCACGUUCUGGCGUAGCAUUUUCGGGAAGGAAGCUGACGAUCUGGAAAAAGAUGGAUUAGACGAGCGCACCUAUUAUAUGAUAGAACGGGAGCCUUUUGUCAGUAAAUUCACCCGUUACACGUAUGAGCCCUCAGAAUCUGAAAGGAAGGCUGUUCCACUUAAUCUGGCUGCCUUUAAUUGUGGCAUUAUUGAGUCUGCUCUCAGCAGCGCUGGUUUUCCAUGUAAAGUUGCGAUAACGUGGCACAAGGGAACUACAUAUGUGAUCAAAUUCCAUGAGUCGGUUAUUGCUAGAGAACAUAACUUGGAUACACGAUAA